AUGAGCUAGAGUAGAGACAUGGAAAGCUCAAAGAGUAUGACGCAGGAAUCUGGAUCGAAGUCAGCUUUGUGGGGGGGUACACCGCAAUACGACUAUAUCUGCUUUGAGAAAUGCACCCGUUACGGGAUACCCUUGGAGGCAGGACGAGAGGCCGGGGGGACAGGGGACGACCUGCACUACCUGGAGAACUCCCUCAGCCACCCACAGCUUUAUGGACAAUACACAGACCAGAUAACUGACUUUGCUGAGAAGGAAGCAGCAAAACUGAAUACAAAGCAGGCACAAAAGAACAACGAAAGGCCCCUGAAACGUGAGAGUCAAGUAGAGAUAAAAGAAGAACGCUAUUCCAAAUGCCAAGACUGUGCUAGACGCAUCCAGAAAUAUGUUACCAGGAAGCUUGGAGAGGACUGGAUUUUCUUGGUGCUGUUGGGUCUGGUCAUGGCGUUGGUGAGCUGGGGAAUGGAUUACGCCAGUGCGAAGAGCCUACAGGCCUACAAGUGGAUGUACAGAGAGCUGCACCCGAAUGUUCCUUUGCAGUAUCUGGUGUGGGUAGCAUACCCACUUGUUCUCAUUCUGUUUGCAGCCAUCUUCUGCCACCUCGUCUCUCCACAGGCUGUUGGAUCUGGGAUCCCAGAGCUCAAGACAAUUAUGAGAGGAGUGGUCCUCAAGGAAUAUCUCACUCUCAAAGCAUUCGUGGCCAAAGUUGUGGGCCUUACAGCUGGGCUUGGAAGUGGCAUGCCUGUGGGGAAAGAGGGCCCUUUUGUGCAUAUUGCCAGUAUCUGUGCAGCAGUACUCAGCAAGUUUAUGUCAAUUUUCUGUGGUGUAUAUGAGCAGCCAUACUAUUACACAGAUGUCCUGACUGUAGGUUGUGCUGUGGGUGUCGGUUGCUGCUUUGGGACACCACUUGGAGGGGUCCUUUUCAGCAUUGAAGUCACUUCCACUUACUUUGCUGUGCGCAAUUAUUGGAGAGGUUUCUUUGCAGCUACCUUUAGUGCCUUCAUUUUCCGAGUCCUUGCCGUUUGGAACAAGGAUGCAGUUACCAUCACAGCACUAUUCAGAACUAACUUCCGCAUGGAUUUCCCCUUUGAUCUGCAAGAAUUGCCAGCAUUUGCUGUAAUAGGGAUAUGUUCAGGAUUCCUUGGAGCAUUUUUUGUUUAUCUCAAUCGCCAAGUGGUCCUAUGCAUCCGGCGUCAUACAGCUCUAAGCCGGUUUCUCACCAAAUACUGCCUCAUAUACCCUGGGUUCAUAACCUUCUUUAUAGCAUCUGUGACCUUCCCUCCAGGGUUUGGGCAGUUCAUGGCAGGAGAGUUGAUGCCACGGGAAGCCAUCAGCUCUCUCUUUGAUAACUACACCUGGGCAAAAUAUACAGGAGACCCUCAGGUCCUAGGGAAAUCUGCUGCCUGGAUCCACCCCAAAGUCAGUGUCUUCAUCAUCAUCCUACUUUUCUUUCUCAUGAAGUUCUGGAUGUCUGUCAUCGCUACCACGAUGCCAAUCCCCUGUGGAGGCUUCAUGCCUGUUUUUGUUCUGGGUGCUGCAUUUGGACGUCUUAUUGGAGAAAUCAUGGCAUCACUCUUUCCCGAUGGGAUCCUCUUUGAUGGUAUUGUUUACAAAAUCUUACCUGGAGGGUAUGCUGUCAUUGGUGCAGCAGCUCUGACAGGAGCAGUGAGCCACACCGUAUCCACUGCAGUGAUCUGCUUUGAGCUGACAGGUCAAAUUUCCCACAUCCUGCCCAUGAUGGUAGCUGUCAUUCUUGCCAACAUGGUGGCCCAGAGUCUGCAACCCAGUCUCUAUGACAGCAUCAUCCAGGUGAAGAAGUUGCCCUACCUGCCAGACCUGGGCUGGAAUCAUAUAAGCAAAUACAAUAUCUUUGUUGAAGAUAUUAUGGUCCAAGAUGUGAAAUUCGUCUCCUCCAACUGUAAAUAUCGAGACUUGCAAACUCUACUCCAAAGCACCACUGUUAAGACUUUGCCUUUAGUGGACUCACCAGAAACCAUGAUCCUUUUGGGGUCUGUGGAGCGAUCCGAACUGCAGGCACUCCUCCAGAGACACAUCAGCCCAGAACGCCGACGGUGCCUCAACAGACAAAUGCAGCAGAAGCUGGCUGAGGCACCUUACGAUGGACACAGCAAGGGAUCAGGAGCAACCCUGCCAAAGCUGAAGCAUGAAUCUUUUGCAUAUGUUGAUGAGGAUGAUGAUACAGACGAGAAGGCAGAGCAGCCUCAGGCACCAAGUCCCACCCCUAGCCACCCAGAGGAGCCCAAUGGCCCAACAAAUCCUCUUAAACCGCCACCUGAAAUUUUGGAGCCACAGCAAUCCUCAGACAGUUUCCGGAAUUUGAGGCAACUGAUCCAGCAGCUCUUGUGCCCUUACAACCGUCGACCUGAAACACAGAGUGCUGUCCAGGAGCCAGUGGAAGUCAUUGAGACAAUGACACCAGAAGAGAUAGAUGCUUGGGAACAGGAGGAGUUGGAAAAGGAUGUCUGCUUUGAAUACUGUCGUAUAGACCCUUCUCCUUUCCAACUGGUGGAGAGAACCUCCCUGCACAAGACACAUACAUUGUUUUCAUUACUGGGCCUCAGCCAUGCCUAUGUAACCAGUAUGGGGAAGCUGAAGGGAGUGUUGGCUUUGGAAGAGCUUCAAAAGGCAAUAGAGGGCUCCACACGCUCGGGAGUUCGCCUCCGCCCUCCCCUUGCCAGUUUCCGUGACACAAACCGGACUUCAAUCAGCGGUGAAAAGGUCAGCCAGGGUACUCAGGUGUGGAGCCAGCAGGACAACAGCAUGGUGGGAGCGCAGCAAGCAGCAGACUUGGGGACAAAGAGCCCACUACCUCUCUACUCACACUCUCCACAGCCCUCUCACUUACAUGAUGAAGGGGAAGGCCUGUGCUCCAAUUAUGCCACUGAUACUGAGUUGGAAGAGAUGGAGCUGACAGGACCAGUUAAUGAAAACAUCUCAGACAUCCUGAAGGACAUCAGCCUACACUCCACUGAUCUGGAUGAAGAUGAGGAUGAAGAUGUCACCUUAUAGGUGGUGUGAGGGCAUAGUCCAUCAUGUUCUUCACUUGAGCCAGUCUUGAGUAUGCUCCUCAAAGAGAAGCUUUUGGAUGCUCUUUGUAAAACCCAAAGAGAAUUGAUUCAGUUGGGGGAAGGAACAUAGGACUGAACCUUUUUUUUCUGCUGCUUUAUAUACAAACAACAGUUGGGUUAUUGAGCUGUAUACAGGAGUCAGAUGUAGACUGCAAGGUGACUAAGGGCAGGCUCAAAACGUUAAAGGCCUCGGCUUUCACUUGUGGUGAGCAAGUGUCUACAUAACAUGUCAGAAAAGAUCAUAAGAGGACGUGAAUACAGUCAGGACGUGAAACACAGUCAGAAUGCCCUGGGUCAAUCUGCCAUACAGAAAGUGGAGGGGUUGCAACUCUUCUAAUUUUUCACUAGUGUCAUCCUUCUAGUCACACCUGACCUGCAUGCACCAGUGCAAACCAGACCUCCAGCCAAGAAGCGUACUGCUGCUUCUGUCUGCAGUCCCAUCCACGUAGCUCCUUUUUGCAAGCUCUUAACUUGCACCCCCCAAAACAUUCCCAUCUAGAACACUUUUCCUCUUUCUUAAUUUUUACUCUGGGAUCUUCCUGGGUGGAACUGCAGUUAGGAGUUUCUCCUCUGACCUUUAGCAGAGCCAUGCCCUAAAAUCAGGUGGAAGGAAAAUAUGUGGUCUACAUCUCCUGUCUUGAAUUAGCCAGGGCUCAAAGAAAAGCACUGAAAGUGAGGAAGCCUCUGUCGUCCCAUCUCUAGAAUUUUUAAAUAGAAUGUGAAAACCUUAAGUGGGGGCAUCCUCAGUGUUGGAGGGAGAGGAGUAAAACAGCAUGUAUGCAGAUGUAUUUUAAUAUCUGUGUCUCUCUAAACCACUGUUGGAAUUUUUACAAAGUUACAGUCUUAAAAUACAAGAACUUACUUAAAAUAAAAAAAAAAUAUAUGGAGUGCCAAGAAAUACAGCAGAGGAAAGUCACAUUUUCUAUGCUCUGGAAACAGGUUCAUCAAUAAAACUCCUGCUCUUUUUCCUGGUAAUUCUACCCUACUUACUUUUCACAUAUUUCUGCAUAUCUCAGAUCAGAGAAUUCUAGCUCUCACUUUUGCCAGUGUCUCCACUGUGACUAGUAGUAGAGACCUCAGCUCUUGUCUACAGCAUCCCUCUAUUCCAGAUGUAGAUCUGGAUGAGGUCUUGAUCUGUAUCUUGCAAAGAGAUGUCUCAUAACUCUCAUAACGUGUCAUGGAUGCAAAACCUUGGCAUCCAAGGGUAAGAUGUUGCUUUAACUCACUGUCUUUGUGGGGUUUUCUCAGUAAACAUACAGAAUUCAAUUCGGCCUAUUCUGCAGCUUUUCUCUAACAUUCUAUUUCUCUUUCUGUCACACUUUUGGUGUGUCAAAACACUUAGAUGUGAUCCCAAGUAGUCCACUGGAUGUGUUUCUGCUUAUCAGCAACAGAGAAAAAAAUUAUGCUCUGAGAAUAUAUUCUUGGGAAUAUUCCCCUAGAUAUUGAGCCACAUCCCCUUCCCUAAUAUUUAUAAAGCAUUAUCUGAUUUAGAAUGAGCAGUUUCACCUCAGCAGGUUUUCCAUAAGCUGUCUCAAAAGUAAAAAAUACAGUUACCUCUAACCCGGUCUCCCUACGAAAAUUCCCUUCUGGCCUUAAUUCCAAGGAUUGACCUUGUACCAAAUUCACUCUUAGGAUACUCAUGAAUGGAGAAGUCUGGUAGAGUGAAAUCUCUUGGAGAGAGAGAGAUUUGCUUUUGUUCUCUGAACUUAAGAACUCAGUAGCCUGUAUUCUUUUACAUGAUUCCUCUGUCUAUGCUAUCUAGGGACAGCCUUUCCCUGGCAGAAGUCAUCUUCACUCCUUUGAGGGCCACCCUGUCCUUGUGAGAAGACAGCAGCAAUAUGAAGGCAAGUCGUUCACUCACACCAGCUGCCUGCCUCCACCUGAGGUUUGGGGCACAUUUCUGACUGCCAGGCAUUAGAAAACAGCCUGUAGUUGCUACUGCUACUGCCUCCCUGCUACUUCUGUGCCACCUUUCCCUGUUUGCAAAGAAGAGACAACACAACUGCUAUUUUUCCCAGGUAACUGUGAUACACCUUGGUAUAAGCAGAGGAGACAUAACAUUCCACUUAGUACAGACAGGAAAAGAGAGAGAGACAGAAUUAAGAGUUCAUAAAAAAUAACUCUGCAUAAAUACACACACAGGUUAUGCAAACACUGCACAGAAGUGCGCGCUUUGUGGCCAGACGAUACAAGUCAGGGCAAUAACCAGCUGAGGAAGGAAAGAUCAUUCUUUGCCAAAUUAGUCCAAUCUUAGUAGAGGUAUAAUUAAAAUCACGCUAUUAAAUAUACUGUAACAACUAACACUAAGUUGUUCACGGCUACAUAAACAAGGAUCCGGGCACAACUCUCAUAACAACUUAGCACUGGAGACCAGUAAUUAAUUUUUCUGCGUAGAAGCCAUGACUGAACAUUAGUGUUCUCAGAGAAAAAGACAUCUUAUUUUAAGCCAUAGAAUGCAAAAUUUUAAGGUUUUAUUUAUAGAAGGCAAACUUAAACUUGGCCUGGCUAUAACUGCAAGUUUUCUUGUGUCCCCUUCUCAUACUGAACAGUCAAACAGUUAACAAGUACAAACACACACAUACACAUACACACACAUAAAUAUCACAGAAUCACAAUCGUACAAGUUGGAAGGGACCUCUGGGGAUCAUCAAAUUCAACCUCCCUGCUAAAGCAGGUUCCUAGAGUAUGUUGAAUAGGAAAGUGUCCAGGCAGGUGUUGAAUAUCUCCAGAGAAGGAGAUUCCACAACCACUAUUGGCAGCCUGAUUCAGUGCUCUAUUACCCUCACAGCAAAGAAGUUCUUCCUCACAUUUGUAUGGAACUUCCUGUGUUGUAGUUUUUGCCCAUUGUCCUUGUCCUGUCACUGAACACCAGUGAAAAGAGCCCAGCCCCAUCCAUUCGACUCUGCUCUUGAGGUAUUUAUAAACAGUAAUAAGAUUCUUCCAGUCUUCUCCAGGCUGAAGCGUUCCAGGUCUCCCAGCCUAUCCUUAUGGGAGAUGUUCCAGCCAUCUUUGUGACCAUCUGCUGGACUCUCUCCAGUAGUUCCCUGUUUUUAUGGAACAGAGGAACCCAGAUGUGACCUCACCAGGGCAGAGAAGAGGGGGAGGAUAACCUCCCUCAACCUGCUGGCCACUCUUGGGAUGUGUGUUUUGAUGCAUCCCAGGAUACUAUUGGCCUUCACGGCCACAACAGCACACUGCUGGCUCAUCACCCCAACAUCACCCUUUUCCGAUCACGGGUUUGCAGUAGUAGACAGCUCUAUAAUUCGGAUGCCUGUGUUAUGAGCCAAAUCUCUUUCCUUCUGCUUGUUGGAAGUCAGUAAGUCCUCAUGCAGCCUCAUCAUGCUACAGACAAUACUGUGGAUAUCCACUGGGACUAGCAUGCGGGCUAAUGAAACCAGUCUUAGACUACUACUAGUUUGAGCACUGGGCUUUCAGAUGUGCUUUUACUCAUAUCCAAGCAGUUUCAGUAUGUUGCUUGUGCAAACCUCUUGUGCUCCACAGUAAAACUAGUUUCUGAGACACAUACAGCCAACUUAAAGGAUUGAACCUGAUAUAGAGAACAAAAGAUGCUGAGGAAAAGUCCAGUAGAAAAUUUAUAAAGUAAAUAAUUUAGAGGAAAUGCUUGUAGAGCAUCUACAUGAGUUGCUUGCUUUAUACAAACUACAAUAUAAAAGCUGUUAAUAUCUGGCUGUUUAGUGAAUAGGUACAUGUUUAUUUUAAAGGACAGAUGAUAAAAUACAAGACCUACUAAAAUGGUAUUCAGAAUUAAAGUCACACAAGCUCAGUUUAGAAACUUCGCAAUUAUUCUGCACAGCAACAAAUGCAAAAUACAGUAAUGAGAGGCUUAUGAGAAACACAGCUGUGAAAAAAAUUCUUCUUUUUCCCACCCUCAAAUUUCUACAGUGCACUUAAACAAAAUAAGCUGUGGAAAAAAAAAAGGGGGGGAAGAAGGGGGGAGUUGUGGAAUGGUUGGAUUAUGACCAAAUACGUCACAGAAUUGAAUUUAUUUAAAUUGGGGGAAAAAAAAAAAAAAAAAAAAAACCUCUGGCAGCUUGGGGCUGUGCCCACUAAGUUGGGGAGCCUGUUCUAGGGCUCCCUGUGGUGAAGAACAUUUCCUAACACCCAACCUGGUUGCCCUUGACAUAGCUCCAUGACAUUCCCUCAUGCCCUGUCGCUGUCACCAGAGAGCAGAGCUCAGUGCUGCCUCUCCACUCCCUGUGAGGAGCUGCAGGCCACCAUGAGUCUCCCCCUCAGCCUCCUCUGCUCUGGGCCGAGUAAACCAUGGGACAUCAGCCACUCCUCCAGACCCUUUACCAUCUUCAUACCCCUUUUUUGAACACUCUCUUGUUGUUUUAUGUCUUUCUUAUAUAGUGGUGCCCAUAUUUGCACACAGUGCUCAAGGUGAGGCUGCACCAGAGCAGAGUGAGACAAUCCCUUCCCUCACCCAGCUGGCACUGCUGGGCCUGAUGCACCCAAGGGUAUGGUUGGCCAUUUUAGCUGCCAGGGUACACUGCUGACUUAGAUUCAACUUGCUGUCAGCUUGCUCUGCAGCUUCUUGACCUAUAGUCUGUAAAGAUAGCCAGGGCUGCCCUAUCCUAGGUGCAGAAUGUAGAACUUACUCUCAUAAACUUCAUGUGGUUGGUGAUUGCCCAGCCCUCCAAUUUGUCAAGGUCUCUCUACACUCGAGGGAGUCAAUGGCUCCUCCCUAUUUAGUAUCAUCUACAAAAUUACUUAGUAUAGCUUCGAGUCCUACAUCCAAGUCAUUUAUGAAAACAUUAAAGAGCCCUGCAGAACCCCACUAGUGACUUAGCCACCAGCCUGACAUCACUUAAUUUACUACAAUCCUUUGAGCCUGACCUGUCAGCCAGCUGUUCCAUCUACCAUAUUAUGUAUUUGUCUAUCUGUACGCUGGACAUUUUGUCCAGAAGGAUACUGUGAAAGAUGUUACCAAAAGCUCCACUGAAAUCCAAAAAAAUUACAUCAUCUAGCUUUCCUUGGUCAACUAGGUGGGUAAACUGGUCAUAAAAGGAAAUUAAGUUCAUUAAACAGCACCUUCCCCUUGUGAACCCAUGUUGGCUGUGACCAGUGACUACGUUGUCUUUCAGGUGUUUUCAGAAUAACCUCCAUCAUUUUGCCACACACUGGAAGUGAGACUGACAGGCCUGUAAUUACCCAGGUAUUCUUUAUCGCCCUUCUUGAAUACUGAGACAAUAUUUGCCAGCUUUCAGUGGACUGGGUACCCUCCAGAUCCCCAAGAUUGUUGAAAAAUAAUGGAGAGAGGUCACAUGAUGACACUGGUGAGCUCUUCGAGUACCCUGGGAUGAAUCCCAUUGUGCUCUAGAGACUUAUGUGCAUCCAGCCAGAGCAGCAAAUCCCACAGAAGUUCAAGGUUGGAUGGGAGAUUAUCAUGGUCAGAGUCCUCCAGCUCAGGGCUCCAGCAGUCCCAGGGCCAAAGACCAAACCAAAAAAGGCAUUAAGCAUCUCUGCAUCCCUAUUUGUGAGGUGA